AUGGCUUUCCCAAGACCUUCUCCUGCUAAAGCAGGAAUAGAAGAUGAUAGUGAUGAUGGAGAAACUAUUGAAAGUAUAGAAAAUAAACUUGGGAUAGAGAGGAGAGUACAAUAUGGUGCCGAAAAGAUGUUGGAUGUCAUUGAAAAGAAAGGAGGUGCAGAUUCAGGAGAUCAAGAAAAAGUUAAAGAAAAUAUAACAGCUCAAUUAGAAGCUGCUAAUGAACGUAUCAAAUCUCUAGAAGCUAGAUUAGAGAGACUGAGAGGGACACCACAACGUACUAGACGUAGACCCCAGCCUAGAUUAAAUGGAUAUCCAUCAUCUUCGUCAUUGACACAAUCACAAUCACAUUCACAAGGACAAGGUCCACCGUUAUUGUCUUCAUCACUUUCGUCAUCGUUACUAGGUGGUGGUGGUGGUGGUGGUGGUGGAGGACCAGGGUCAGCUGGAAUAAGACCUAAACCAACUAGAUAUCAUUCGAAUUUAACACCUGAAAAAGAUAGAGAACGAGAUUACUUUGAAGGCUAUACCCAGUUCACAAGUAAUGGUAAUGGGAACGGGAAUGGGAAUGGGAAUGCAAGUAAUCAAGGAACACCAUCGAGGGGAAUACAGUCUUCUUCGAAUGCUUCAAGUAGACCAAGAUCACGUUCAACUGGGACUAAUCAUGCCUCUGGCAGUGGAGCAGCAGAUGACAUAUCUGAUUACAACGAAAGAUCAGAUAACAGGUUGAAUCUCAACUUGAAUCUGAAUUUUGCCAAUGGUAAACAAGAACAAAACCAACAACAAUAUACCAAUGAUGAAGAUAUAACUGGAUUGAUAGAAGAUUCAAUAAAUACCAUUAAAAGAAUAAGGGAAUUGGGUAGAGGUAAAUCGAAAGAAACCAAUCAAGGACAACAGAGGAACGACGAACCAUACGAUUUGAUGAUCAAAUUAGCUGAUUCGUUGAAGAAGAAUGAUGGACUGAGACUGGCUUUGAUAUCAGAUAUGGAUGACAUAAUACAAUCCUUGAUUCCGUUUCUGGGCGAUUCGGCGACUCCCCGGCACAGAGCAGCUGGAUACAGACUCAUGAGAUAUCUUCUUACUAGACAAUCAUGGGGGAAAAUGAUUGAAGCUGGUAUAGAAUGGUUGAUCAUACGCACAUUCACUCGAGAUUCUAAAGCUGUACACGAGCGAGAACAGUCUCUUCGAUUGUUACGAGCCGUCAUUAUCCUACCACCUCUACCACCCCAAAGACCAAGCUCUUCACCUCUCACAGCAAAAAGAAGAUCACAUUCUCAUCAUCUCACUUCUCCUGAAAGUCCAAUACAGAAGCUACUGGAGAACAGAGUACCUCUGACGGAUGGUUUGGUUAGAGCUGUAGUCAGUGCGGCUGAGAACCCGGAUGAUGCGAUGAGAACAGUCUGUAUGGAAACUCUUGUUGAAAUCGGUCUUCUCGAUUUAAGAUGCCUCGUGCAAUCUAAUGCGUUCAGAACAGUCUUAUUGGCAUUCAAAGAUGGCCCAUCGGAAUUAGGACCGGCAAUCACUGGACUACUAUUGUAUCUAGUUAAUCAACCAAAUACCAGAGAACUGCUAUUACCAGGAGGUGAUCUAGAGGCUGUAUUGGUUGGAUUGACAGAAGCAUACGGUAAAAUACCGACAAGACAACAAGGUAGAUAUCUCGAAAAUCUUGAGAAUACCGUUAGGAAUGUUGGAAUGCUGCUUUCUUCUUGGUCAGGUCUAAUCUAUAUGUGUAUGGAUAACUACAGAGCUAUCAAAAGUUUGAUCAGUUCUUUGCACGUCCCAAAUACAGAUAUGAGAAAUGCCCUUAUGGAUCUUCUUUUCGUAUCUCUGAGAAUCAAAUCGCCGACUUGGACAAAUGCUUUUCUUGAUGGAAAGAGAUUGACAGUCUACACACGAACACAAGAAGCCACAACUCAACAGCUGGUAGACGAUGGACACGAAGAAGAAGAAGCACAAGGCUUGACAUUGGUUGAUCACUAUGUUGCUUUGUUGCUUUCCAUUUUCCUUGAAGCGGGUUUACUAGAGGCUCUGGUCGCUGUGAUUGAGGAAGAUAACAGCACUCUGAAUCGCAAAGCGACAUUACUUUUGGGUGAAGUACUACAAAUGGCAAAUAGGGUUUUACCACUUAAAUUCGCCGCUCAAUUACAGUCCUUACCCCAACUGUUCUCGGAAGCUACAGAUUUCAAGAAUCCAGGAGAAAGAAUGGCUGCUCUUUCGGCUUUGUCCUCUAUAGAUAGUCUGAAUAGGAAUCAGAGUAAAGCAGGCAAACGAUCCGCUAAAGACAAGACUAGCACAACCCCUUUACAGCAAGAUCCACUGGAACGAGGUCAAAGACAGGUUCAGUCCGUGAAACUUAGAUUGGGAUUACAGGUUGAAGAUAAGCAAUUCCAACAGAUGAUUGUUGAUUCGGGACUACUUCUUCAUCGUGAACACACUAAAUGGAAUUAUGAGAUAAUCAUGGAUCUAAUAGAAGGACCUUUACUGAAUCCUAAACGACUAGACGAAGCUAUCAAAGCUACUAAGUUCGUCAGAAGGCUAUUUUCCUUCUUCCAUCCAUACAAUUAUAGAUUCUCAGAUAUCAAGCGAACUAGACCAAGUCAUAAAUGGGUCAAACUUGGAUGUGCCCUCAUUUCGACUAUGCUAAGCAGUGCAGAAGGGAUCAAAUAUAUCACGGAAGAUAAAUUACUAAAACAGAUGUUAGAAUGUUUCAACGAACUAGAUCAGUAUGUGGGACAACCUACUGCUCAACCUAUAUUAGCUCGAGAUAGGUUAGAGAACACCCUCACCUAUGGAUAUUUUGAAAUGAUAGGAAUGCUAAGUAAACAUCGUGAAGGAAUGAAACUGCUGGAAAAAUUCAAGUUCUUCACAUGUUUCUAUCAUCUGAGCGAACAGAGGAGUAGAGAUGAUCUCAUCCGCAUCAUCAUAGAGUGCUUUGAUUAUACACUAGAUGCACAUCCCCGUAUAGUACUAUCCAAGGCUCUGACAUCAAGCUAUAUGGAAUCUCGUCUGUUCGCAACCCAUCAUCUAGGUCGAUUACUGCAAGAACAACCCAAUCUCCUUGAUUGGGGUCUUCAGCUUAUGAUAACUCAGCUUUAUGACACUUCGAUGGAAGUAUGCGAUGUGGCAGUCAUGUACCUAGAGGAAGCUUGUACGGAUCCAAAUAAUCUGGAAAAAAUAGUCCAGUUGAGACCAACUUUGGAACAUCUGGGUGAUGUCGGUCAUCCCCUGUUCAUGCGAUUUGUGUCGACCAGCGUGGGGUUCAGAUAUUUACAUCAAGCUCAGUAUAUAGACAGAGAACUUGACAGCUGGCUUAUGGAACGUAAUCUUCUUUAUGUCAUAGAAGCGGAAACCUUCGUGUCGAAAACAAUUAGACCGUGGUCGAGUGAUACUGUUGAAGAUUAUUGGAUCUAUGACGGUCCUGCUCCCACGCACUUCCUUGGAGAACUCACAAAGACAGCUGAAGGAUGUCAACUUAUCAAAGCAAGAGGCAUCGUAGCUGAGUUUGCGGAAAUUGUGAGAUUGCAUGGAAUGGAAGCUAGCGAUCAAGGAGUCUUGACAAACCUCAAAAGUGUUUUGUGGUCCUUGGGUAAUAUCGGAUCCACAGAAGGCGGUUUACCAUUUCUGGAAGAUGAAGAAAUUAUUGAAGAUAUCGUAGAGAUUGCCGAACAAUCACCGAUCCUUACGAUAAGAGGAACAUGCUUCUUCGUCAUUGGUCUAAUAUCUACUUCGCGGAUGGGAGCUGAAAUAUUGGAAGAAUUUGGAUGGAUUUCUACUCGUACACCGUUAGGACAAACGACAGGAUUAUGUCUGCCAAAUGAUAUCUCACGGUUCGUCAGCAUUGAUUCUUGGGAGAGACCACAUUUCGAUUCAACUUAUCCACCUCUACCGAAGUUAACAGGAUUAGAAGCGGAUAUAAUGACUUCUAUAGCCAAUUUAUCGAAUUACGUCUUGGCUGCUGGAGCAAUGAAUAAUCUGAAACGAAUACGUAAUCGACAUCCUCGAUAUUUCUCAUCCAUUACUCUUUUCCAUCGUGCGCUUCGAUCAAUUUCCACAAAUCAUUAUCAAGCGCCAGUGAGACGAUUUAUCUUAGAUCUCUUUGAAAUCAAAUUAGAAUCGGAGAGUCUGACUCAGCUAGCCGGAGUCGGAAUGAUGUCUAGGAGAGUAGGUUAUGAGAUGAACCCUUCUACGAGUCAGAGUGGAAAAGAUAGAUCGUAUCAUGGGAAGAGUAGCGAAAUGGAUAAGGAUGUGGAAGUGGAACGUCGACAUAGAUCAAGAAGUUCACCCGGACCUUUAACACCCAAAGACGAUAUUCCUGAGAAGAGAGGAAGAGGUAAAACAAUCAGCAACCUUACGACAAUCGUUCAAAACUUGUUCAUAACAGAUAAUUCGACUCCAAAAGCUUCCCAUGAUGAUCGAAAAGAAAUACUCAAGGACCAAGAUGAAAAAGAACAAUUCCAAUCAAAGCAAAUGUCAAGAGAAGAUAGUCAAAAUAGUUCAAGUACGACAAAAAGUACUUCAGAAGAAGAGGAAAGACAAAGACAAAGACCGAAGUCGCAGAUCAAAGGUUUCGAUUGCCAAUUAUGA